AAGGAAGGCUGAAGUUCCAGUGUUGGUGAGAGGAUGGCUCGUACUAAGCAAACGGCUCGCAAGUCCACCGGCGGGAAGGCGCCCCGUAAGCAGCUGGCCACCAAGGCGGCGCGGAAGAGCGCGCCGGCCACGGGCGGCGUCAAGAAGCCUCACCGCUACCGCCCGGGCACCGUGGCCCUGCGCGAGAUCCGACGCUACCAGAAGUCCACCGAGCUGCUCAUCCGCAAGCUGCCCUUCCAGCGCCUGGUGCGCGAGAUCGCGCAGGAUUUCAAGACCGACCUGCGCUUCCAGAGCUCGGCCGUCAUGGCCCUGCAGGAGGCCAGCGAGGCUUAUCUCGUCGGCCUCUUCGAAGACACCAACCUCUGCGCCAUCCACGCCAAGCGCGUCACCAUUAUGCCCAAGGACAUCCAGCUGGCCCGACGCAUCCGCGGGGAGAGGGCGUAA